AUUUGGACUCAGCAAGAUCGGCAAUGCAUCCUUGACACCUUAGCACAGUUAUUACUGGAUAAAGAAUGUACUCUGUUGGUUGGACGUCAAGUUCGGCCAGUUUUGUUGGAUUUGUUGGAAAGAAAUGCAGAAGCUAUUAAAGCUGGUGGCCAAAUCAACCAUGAUCGACAUGAAAGGCUCUGUGUAGCCAUGAGCAAGCUGGUUGCCGAUCACCCUGAUGUUUUGCCAUUUGCUUUAAGAUAUUUUAAGAAUACAUCACCAGUUUUCCAGAGGCUUUUCCUGGAGAGCUCGGAUGCAAAUACAGUCCGAUACGGGCGCAGACGAAUGAAGUUACGGGACCUCAUGGAGGCAGCCUAUAGAUUUUUACAAAAGGAGCAAUCAGUUUUCCGGGAAUUAUGGGACUGGAGUGUGUGUAUUCCACUCCUAAGGAGUCACGACACUUUAGUCCGUUGGUACACUUCAAACUGUCUUGCUCUGGUCACGUGCAUGAAUGAUGAGCAUAAAUUGUCUUUCCUGAAGAAGAUAUUCAAUCCCGAGGAGCUGAUACAUUUCAGACUAAAGCUACUGGAAGAGUCUCAGCUGCAGAAUGUGGAAAAAGCCCUUGUUUUGGCCAAUCCGGACUCUUUGUUUUGGCAAAAGGAGAAAGAACUGCAGUAUGCGCAAGGACACAUUGUAGCGACAGACCUCUCUGCAAAUGUAGUAGCUGUAUGUGGUAUUGUACUGCCUAAACUACAGCUUGUUUCUGAAGAGCAGGAAAAUAACACCAGCCAUUUUGUUUUGGUUGAAUCUGCCUUCACAAAUCUUCAAAACCUUGCUAUUGCUGUAGCAUAUCAGCGUCCUGUUUUAUUAGAAGGACCAAUAGGAUGUGGCAAAACUACUUUAAUUGAAUAUUUAGCAGCUGUUACAGGAAGAGUGAAGCCUCCUCAUAUCUUGAAAGUCCAGCUUGGAGAUCAAACUGAUAGUAAGACGCUGCUUGGUAUGUAUCGUUGUACAGACGUACCGGGGGAGUUUGUAUGGCAGCCUGGAACCUUGACGCAAGCUGUUACCAAAGGUCAUUGGAUACUUCUGGAGGAUAUUGAUUAUGCUCCUCUGGAUGUGAUCUCAGUGCUGAUUCCUCUUUUGGAAAAAAGAGAGUUGCUGAUUCCUGGCCGCGGUGACUGUUUAAAAGUAGCAUCAGGAUUCCAGUUUUUUGCAACCAGGAG